AUGGCUCCAAGUAUGAAAAACAGUCAUAGUAGUAGUAAUUGUGGCGGCGAGGUAGUCGGCUCUCAAGCCAACGUCCUCGCCAGCUGCUACAUCGUCGAUUCUUCCGCUCGUCUUUCUGGUUUCCAUUACUCCACUACCGGCGCUGGCGGUGGUAUCCCUGAGGUCCGCUCAGGGUCAAUAUCCCCUCCGUCAAGUCCCCCUCUUGCGGCCUUGACAUCUGCCAACGAAUUCGCAUUGAUCAAUCAUUCAAUGAAGAAUCGAGGUAGAACUACAAGUCGCAAAGAGGGGGCAGCGUACGCCAUCCGGGAAGAGUGUGAGAGACUCUUCUGCGAGAACAUGAAAACCAUUUUUCUUGGUGAAGAAGAAAGUGCUAGUAGUGACUCAAACGUGAUGGGUGCGGACACGUAUUCAAGUCUUGACGAUGAUGUGGAUACGCAUGAUAAUUACUUUGGUAUCGUCAAAUCAGGCCAUUCAAUCGAUGCUUGGGUCGAAAUUUGGGAUUAUACGGGAGGAUGCAGUUUUCGUGGAUUUGUUGGCGGAAAUGGUGAUGAGAAAACACUAUUUGCAUUCUUUGAUGAUUCAGUCAUUGGGAGGGAUUUAAAACAGGGACUUAUGGCACUCAUUGAACUCGCGGAUGAAGUAUUCGCCGUUUCAAAAGUCGUUAUUAAUGUUGAUCGAUCAAUUCCUGAAGGAGAUAGAUCGACUUUCCUUAAGAGUCUUCGUUGGGUUGGAUUCGAAUUGACAACCCUUGACAUGUGGUCGCAUCAACUGGAUACCACGAGUGAAAGAUGGUUAUUGAUGGGAUUGGAAGUUUAA